GCUAAUCACUAGCCAUAGAUUGAAUGGGAAGAACUAUUUCGAAUGGUCUCAAUCUGUCAAGCUCGCAAUUGAUGGGAGGGGAAAAUUGGGCUACCUAACAGGAGAAAUCAAAUCCAAAAAAACUGAUGAGGAAGGCUACAGUACAUAGAGGUCAGAAAAUUCCCUUGUAACAGCCUGGCUUCUCAGUUCUAAGGAGGCCUCAAUUGCUAAACCUCAUAUGUUUAUGAAGACAGCAAAAGAGGUCUGGGAUUCCAUAAAAGAAACCUACUCAGACCUUGAAAACUCUUCUCAAAUCUUUGAGUUAAAAACCAUUCUCUGACAGUCCAAACAAGGAGAUAGAGAUGUCACCACUUACUACAAUGAAAUGGUGUCUCUAUGGCAAGAGUUGGAUCAGUAUUAUGAUGAUGAACGGGAGAGUGCAAAGGAUCUGGCCAAACACAAAAAAAGGGAAGAAAAUGACAGAGUCUAUAUGUUCCUGGCAGGAGUGAAUCAAAGCUUUGAUGAAGUAAAGAGAAGGAUUUUGGGAAAGAAGCCUUUGCCUUCAAUCAGAGAAGUAUUCUCUGCAAUCAGGAUAGAAGAAAGCAGAAAAAGGAUUAUGAAUAACACUCCAAGAACUCUGAAUGAUACUGGAGAAUCCUCAGCAUUGGUGGUCAGGGGAGAUGAAAGAAAAAAAACCAUGGUGUGAUCACUGCAAGAAACUGUGGCACACAAGGGAAACUUGUUGGAAGAUCCAUGGAAAACCACCAGGAGCAGGAAAGAAGAAAGCUCUACAUACUACCAUGCCUGAGACUGAACAAGAGCAGCAAGUUGAUUUCAAGCAGCCAUCUUUCACUAAGGAACAGAUAGAGCAAAUUCUACAAUUCCUAAAUACCCAAAAGAACCCUAAAUCAGAAAAUCCUUCUUGUUCUUUUGCUCAGAAUGGAUCUGGCAUCGGGGGAGAUGAUUGGCAGUGCUAGGGAAGAAGAUGGACUCUAUAUCUUUGAUGAAGGGAUUGACUCAAAUAAACAAGGUCAAAGAAAUACUUUUCUGCAAACCAUUACAUUUCCCAGUAAUAAUAAGUUGUAUUUAAUUCAUUAUAGACUAGGUCAUCCUAGUUUUCAUUACUUGAAAAAGUUGUUUCCUAAGUUAUUUCACAGUUUCAUUGUGAUAUGUGUUCACUUGCUAAGCAUCAUAAAAGUUCAUAUCUUCCCCAUAGUUACAAAUCUACUGGUCCUUUUUCACUUGUGCAUAGUGAUAUUUGGGGAGCAUCUAGAAUUCCUACUUUAAAAGGAAAGAGAUGGUUUGUAACAAUUAUUGAUGAUCAUACAAGGGUAACCUGGGUAUUCUUAAUUAAGGAAAAAUCAGAAAUAGAAAAUGCAUUUAAGCAGUUUUAUGCAAUGGUCCAAACUCAAUUCAAUACCAAUAUCAAAAUGGUAAGAAGUGAUAAUGGUCGUGAAUACUUUUCUACAAACCUAAAUAAUAUUUUUGCUGAAAAAGGAAAAAUUCACCAAAGUUCUUGCAUCAAUACUCCAGCUCAGAAUGGAAUUGCUGAAAGAAAAAAUAGACAUUUACUUGAAGUCACACGAGCAAUCAUGUUUUCAAUGAAAGUUCCAAAGUAUUUAUGGGGAGAUUGCUGUUUUACAUGCUACCUAUUUAAUAAACAGAAUGCCAUCAAAAGUUUUAGGAUUUAAAACCCCAAUUAGUAUUCUUCAAGAAUGUUAUCCUACUACUAGAUUGAUAAGCUCUCUUCCUUUAAAAAUUUUUGAUUGCACUGUGUUUAUUAAAAAUCCAGAUAAAACAGCAAGUAAAUUUGAUCCUAGAGGAACUAAGUGUGUCUUUCUAGGCAUUCCUUCCACGCAGAAGGGGUACAAAUGCUUUGACCCUUCAACAAAAAGGAUGUUUAUUUCAAUGGACAGUGUUUUUGUUGAAACCCAACCUUUCUUUGAUUAUCAUCUUCAGGGGGAGAAUUUGAAUGAAGAUGCUAAUAAUGUGUCACAUAUUCAUGAAAAUCUUGAUUUUCUUGACAUUAGUCUAGAUAUGCAUCCUAUCAGAAAUUUAGAUGCAUUAGAAAAUAGUCAAAAAUCAGGAAAUAAUGAGACAAAUACAACUGACAAAUGGGAAAAGAAGGACAACAGAUUAGUAAAUUCUUUGGCAAGGUUUAUGAGAGAAGAGUUCCAAAUCAAAGAGAAGAGAAAGUCUCUGAACCUACAUCUAUUGAUGAAUCUGACCCAAUGUCAGUACAUGAAAGAGGAAGCUCUAUCUAAACCUGAGUGGAAGAAAGCUGUUUGGGAAGAGAUGGAUGCUCUUGAAAAGAAUCAGACAUGGAAGAUUGUAGAGUUGCCUAGAAACAAGCCCAUAGUUGGAUGUAGAUGGAUUUUCACUCCUAAAUUCAAGGCAGAUGGUACUCUUGAGAGAUAUAAGCUAAUUUAGAUUGGCCUCUCCAACAGUUGGAUGUGAAGAAUGCCUUUUUAAAUGGGAAACUUGAAGAAGAAGUCUACAUGAACCCCCCCUCCAGGAUUUGAAAGCAGAUUUGGUUCAAGAGUAUGCAAGCUAGAGAAAUCAUUGUAUGGACUAAAACAGUCUCCAAGGGCUUGGUUUGACAGGUUCACACAGUUUGUUAAAAAACAAGGAUAUAAGCAGGCCCAGGCUGAUCAUACUCUAUUUACAAAAUGCUCAAGUAAGGGGGAGAUUUCUAUAUUAAUUGUGAUGAUAAUAUCAAGGAUGGAGUCCCAGAAAAUGUUCAGCAAUAUCAGAGAUUGGUGGGGAGGCUUAUCUACUUAUCCCAUACAAGACCUGAUAUUGCUUUUGCACUCAGUAUGGUCAGUCAGUUUAUGCACUGUCCAUAUAAAGUGAUUUAUAGAAUUGUACAGUCGAAUAGAAUUGUAGAUAAGUUAGAAUACUCGUGUAAUUAGCUGUGAUUUAAUACUUCUUAUUAGAUAAGAGCCGGUAGGUAGUCAGAUCCUAAAUUUUAGGAUCUUAUCAUUAAGGUUGUUAGCAUUGUACUCUAUAUAUAUUGUACUCGUGUGAAUGAAUAAAGCAAGUCAGAUAAUUCUUUCAAAAUUUCAAUGUAUGAUCAUCAGAUAAUAAAAACAAAAGGUUCUCUACCUAAAUUAACAGAAUGCAUUUU